GCGGGCGCGGCGGGCGCGGCGGGCGCGGCGGGCGCGAGCCGCGGCCCCGCUCCCUCGCGGCCCCGAGCGGAGCAGCGCCAGCCGGCCCCGCCGAGCCGGCGGGGGGUUGGGAAAGGGAGUAGCGGCCCCGCGGCAGCGCCCCAGGAUGGGGAGGGACGCGCGGCGCUGCCCUCGGGAACUGGCGCUCCGGUGAAGUAGAGCCGCCGGCCGGCCGCCUGCACCGAGCGGUUCCGCGGCGCGGCCGCUCAGCCUCUGCCAUGGCCGGCUCCGGCGCGUGGCAGCGCCUCAAAUCCCUGCUGAGGAAAGAUGAUGCGCCGCUCUUUCUAAAUGACACCAGCGCCUUUGACUUCUCGGAUGAGGUGGGGGACGAGGGGCUGGCUCGCUUUAACAAACUUCGAGUGGUGGUGGCCGAGGAUGAGCCCGAGCCCCCGGAAAGGCCUAUUAACGGGGCGCACCCGGCGCUCCAGGCCGACGACGAUUCCCUAUUGGACCAGGACUUACCUUUGACCAACAGUCAGCUGAGCUUGAAGGUGGACCCCUGUGACAACUGCAGCAAACAGAGAGAGUUACUGAAGCAGAGAAAGGUGAAAACCAGGUUGACCAUUGCUGCUGUUCUUUACUUGCUUUUCAUGAUUGGAGAACUUGUAGGUGGAUACAUUGCAAAUAGCCUAGCAAUCAUGACAGAUGCACUUCAUAUGUUAACUGACCUAAGUGCCAUCAUACUCACCCUGCUUGCUUUGUGGCUGUCUUCAAAAUCACCAACCAAAAGAUUCACCUUUGGAUUUCAUCGUUUAGAGGUUUUGUCGGCUAUGAUUAGUGUGCUGUUGGUGUAUAUAUUAAUGGGAUUCCUCUUAUAUGAAGCUGUGCAAAGAACUAUCCAUAUGAACUAUGAGAUAAACGGAGAUAUAAUGCUCAUCACUGCAGCUGUUGGAGUUGCAGUUAAUGUAAUAAUGGGUUUUCUGUUGAAUCAGUCUGGUCAUCAUCACUCCCAUUCCCAUUCCCUGCCUUCAAAUUCUCCUACCACAGGUUCUGGUAGACACAGCCAUGGGCAGGAUAGCCUGGCAGUUAGAGCUGCAUUUGUACAUGCCUUGGGAGAUUUGGUACAGAGCGUUGGUGUGCUAAUAGCUGCAUACAUCAUACGAUUCAAGCCAGAAUACAAGAUUGCUGAUCCCAUCUGUACAUAUGUAUUCUCAUUACUUGUGGCUUUUACAACAUUUCGCAUCAUAUGGGACACAGUAGUGAUAAUACUGGAAGGGGUACCAAGCCACUUGAACAUAGACUAUAUCAAGGAAGCCUUGAUGAAAAUAGAAGAUGUUUAUUCAGUGGACGAUUUAAACAUCUGGUCUCUCACUUCAGGAAAAUCUACUGCCAUAGUUCACAUACAGCUAAUUCCUGGAAGUUCAUCUAAAUGGGAGGAAGUACAGUCCAAGGCAAAGCACUUGUUAUUGAACACAUUUGGCAUGUAUAAAUGUACCAUUCAACUUCAGAGUUACAGGCAAGAAGUGGACAGAACUUGCGCAAAUUGUCAGAGUUCCAGUCCCUAACCUUCUGUAUUUGGGGGACUACUGCCUUAUUUAUCCUGCAGUCACAGACUUGAGAGCAAUAAAUGCAAACCUAGAUGAGAAAGUGGAGUCCCUGACAGCUGUGUCCAUAUCAAGUACUAGUCUCUCAAAACAAUCACUCCAGCUUGACAGUGCCAGUCUCUGCUUAAUGGUAAAGUGAGACUUCAUGAUUUUUCACAUGAAGAUGUUUCCAAAACAUUGUUUACAGAAAGAGACGUGACUCUACAGAUACCUCAUAGAAGACAAUCCAAGACCCUGCUUCGUUAAUUUGACAGAGUAUAUAUCUUAAAGGAAGCAUCGACAAUUCAGUAUUUGCAUUUAAAAAUACUUUUUAAAGGCCAUUUUCUAUCAAGCCAGUGCUGGAAAACUGAUGUUUUUAAUUGUGUAAUCUUGACACCCAGCUUCUGGAAUUGCUGCUCUCUUUUUACACAGAUUACUUCUCAACAGAUUUCAGAAAUUACUAGUAAUUAUCCAGAGAAUGGAAUGAGCAUGUAUUCCUAAGUGUUUCAGAAAUGUUUUAUUUCCCAAGUCUUAAUGUUAUUGUUAUACUUUAUAAACAGCUUUUUCCAGAAAUAACAGGGUUUUAAAUCUCAAAGUUAAUGUUUGUGAUUAUUUGUAAAUCUUACAAGAACCAAAUCUUUACAUAUUGUGGUCACUGUCAUUAAAUUAUUUAGGAAAUAUUUUCAGUGUUCUGAAUGGCAGAAGAUAGUCUUAACUCAAAUUAUUCUAUAAUGAUUUAAAACAAAAUAAAAGAUCAAGGAUGGGGUGUGGAA